AUGUGCUUAAGUUAUUCCUACUUUAAUUUUAUUUCAAAUGUACCAUCAAAUGAAGCACUCACAUUUGUUUACCAAUCUUUUGCCCCCGUAACAAUAGCCAUACUAGCGUAUCACGAAGCAAGACUUAAUACUAGAUGUCGAAACCUGUUAGGCUAUUCACUCUUCUUCUUAAGCUCACUUGGCCUAAUUAUGGUUAACUUAGGGCCAAAGAGUAAAGGUGGUUUGGGGAUCUUCAUUGGUGUCUGUAUAACGAGUGCAAUAUUUGGUGUUGUCGGCAGUUACGUUGUAGGAGGAAUGAUAGGUGAUAUAUCUAGGAUGUGCCCAGAGCUUAUUAUAUCUCUCAUGGUUGCGUUUGCAGCUGCUAAGACUAUGACAGCUACUUUGAGAUUAAUCACGAAAGCAGCUUUUGAGAGUUCAGAUGAUGGCCUUUAUAAGGGGGCAGUGUUGUUUCUUGCAAUCUCAACAUUCUUUGAGCUACUUGGCAUCUUUCUCUACGCAUUUAUAUUUCCUAAAUUACCAAUUGUCAAAUGCUACGAAGCAAAGGUUACUUCUGAGGGAUCAAUGACAGAUACUGCUAACCUUGCUACUGUUGGUAUUCAAUUAUCCAUAAUCUAUGUAGCUUUGCAGGUGAUGGAGAAUCUGAAUCUGUUUGAGCGCUUAAGUAACAAAGAAUUUCUAGUUCAAAAUAUCGAUUACGCGCUUGUAGGGCAUUCUAUUUCACAGCGAAGCAUGGAGAUCAAGGGUAGAAGAUAA